AUGCUUUCAUUCGUCUUGGUCCUCUUGGCCUCGGUUGGCUUGAGUAGAGCCGUCCUGUCUGCACCUCGUGAUCGUCUAGAUCAUGAUCACUGUACAGCUACUGCUGUUGAUUGUGCCGCUACCGCUGAUGGUGGGUGCAUUGCUGCGACAAGCGCUGAUGGAAGUCCUCUCGACUUCCGAAUGGUUUAUGUUCCUCCGAAGACUUAUGGACCUGGUGAGAAGAGGGCUGUCUACAAACAGUUUCAAAACUACCCGAGAAUUGUUGAUGCCUCUCGAGCCCCGAGUUAUGCUCCCACCUCUCCCGACCAAAAGCCGAGUGUACCUAUCGGUUACAUUGACAUGCCGGAAGGGACGACUUACGGGUAUUGGGAUGCCGCUUAUGGUGUUAUGAAUGAAGCCGGUUUAUCGAUGG